AGGAGGGCACCAAUCCUCCCAAACUCCUACACAAGCGCCUCCAACACCUAAUCAUUAAAACACACCACAUCUCCACGGAAACGAAAUUUACACACAGAACCGCGUCCAUCACAACCUCGAAGUAUCGGCCUUGGACAUCAUCACACACCGCGCGUUUUCCCGUGGAAUGAGCGUUCCAUGCAGCAUCCUAGGUAUGAAUGACGUGGCCUGGCAGGAGACGCGAGGCAGGAUGCUGCACACAAAUGGUGCGCCAGAGGCCGGAGGGGUCCGAGUCCAUGCUGGGGGCUCUCUGGCCACAUUAGGAGCAGCUGGGCAGGGACCUGGUGGAGCACACCCUCUGCCGGGGAUGGACCGGGUGGCCAAUCCCAACCCUGGCACCCCUCUGCCUCCACUGAGUGGCCGUUCUCAAGACGAUGCCACUGUGGGAUAUUUCUUUCAAAGGCAGCCCGGGGAGCAGCUGGGGGGAUGCGGUACAAGCAAACACCGCUGGCCUACUGGUGAUGGAAACCAUAUUGACCAGGUACGCCCUGUGGAUGAGAUGAAUUAUGACUUUCAAGCUUUGGCUCUGGAGUCUCGUGGAAUGGGUGAGCUACUUCCUGCUAAAAAAUUGUGGGAAUCAGAUGAAUUGGCAAAAGAUGGGCGUAAAGGGAUUGUGCUGGGUGAGGAAUGGAGAGAGAAUGCCUGGGGUUCCUCACAUCAUUCAGUAUCUCAGCCCAUUAUGGUGCGAGGGCGACCAGGCCAGGGCUACAAUGGGAAUGGUGACGCAAGCUCAGUGCUGUCCCCGCGCUCAGAGGGGGGUGGCCUAGGUGUGAGUAUGGUGGAGUAUGUCCUCAGCUCCUCCCCUGGAGACAAGAUGGAUGGUCGCUACAGAAACGGAGGCUAUGGUGGAGGAGAUACAGAUCCAGAUGGCAGGGAAAAGGGUGAUCCAAAAGAAAAGGUUUCUCCAUUUGAGGAGGACAAAAGUCCUGAGAUGAUAGUCGGAGAAGAAGUGGACGCCUCAAAAGCUAAUGCCAGAGGAUUGUUGAACGGGAUGGAUCGCGACUGCAAAGAUUUCAACCCUACCCCAGGCAGUCGCCAGGCAUCCCCCACAGAGGCAGUUGAACGGCUGGGCCCCAGUCAGACUGGGCUGGAAAUGAUGGGGCAGCACCACCCGCACGUUCUGCAGCCAUCCAGCCUCAUCACGAACAAACCUCCCACCGAGGACUUCCAGAGCCAGGAGCCCCAGAGCAUGGGCGGCAUGGAGCACCAGGCCGGCAUGGAGUCACUCCAGUUUGACUAUGCUGGGAAUCAGAUCCAGGUGGACUCAUCUGGUACUCCAGUCGGCCUGUUUGACUACAACUCCCAACAGCAGUUGUUCCAGAGGUCCAGUCAUCUAGCCGUUCAGCAGCUGACGCAGCAGCAACAGUAUGCCCUCGCUGCAGCCCAACAGCAACACCUCGGCCUUGCACCUGCUUUUGUGCCAAACCCUUACAUCAUCAAUGCUGCCCCUCCGGGAGCAGACCCUUACACUGCCGCAGGCCUGGCAGCAGCCGCAACGCUUGCAGGUCCAACAGUGGUCCCCCCUCAGUACUAUGGUGUCCCUUGGGGCGUGUAUCCAGCCAAUCUGUUCCAGCAACAGGCUGCAGCUGCUGCCAAUCAUUCUGCCAACCAGCAGGCAUCCAAUCAGGGCCCAGGACCAGGACAACAAGUGAUGCGUGCAGGGAACAACCAGCGACCUCUGACCCCUGGCCAGAGCCAGCAGAGUCAGCAGGAGUCCCUCGCUGCCGCUAACUCAGCACUGGCCUUCACAGGCAUGCCAGGUUACCAAGUUCUGGCACCUGCCUACUAUGAUCAGAAUGGAACACUGGUAAUGGGCCAUGGAGGUCGCGCUGGCCUGGGUGGACCCGUCCGACUGGUCCAAACACCACUCCUCAUCAACCCAGCAGCUGCACAGGCUGCCGCGGCUGCAUCUGCCUCUGGCUCUGGUAACAACAUGUCUGGUCCUGCUAACGGUCUGUACCGGUCCAUGGGCUGCCAGCAGCCCCAGCAGCCUCAACCUCAGCAGCAGCCACCACAACCCUCCAGUGGCCUGCCCUCCAACUCCUUCUAUGGCUCCGGCUCAGUGGCGCCCAGCUCCCAGAGCAGCUCGCUUUUCACCCAUACGAGCGCGGCACCUCCACCCAGCAAUUCUCUGGGCUUCAGCAGCACCGGUGGAUCUCUCGGUGUGGGACUUGGCUCUGCUCUAGGGGCCUUCGGCUCCUCAGUGUCUAGUUCUACCAGCAGCAGUGUGAACCGUCGGGACUCCCUGUUGGCCAGUUCUGACCUGUACAAACGUGGUGGUGGCAGCAGCUUGACUCCUAUUGGCCAGUCUUUCUAUAACAGCCUGGGAUAUUCCUCCUCCCCCAGCCCCAUUGGCCUGACGCCUGGUCACUCUCCUCUGACACCUCCACCCUCUCUGCCUUCCUCCCAUGGGUCCUCAUCCAGCAUUCACCUGGGUGGUCUGCCCAAUGGCAGCGGCCGUUAUAUUUCUGCUGCUCCGGGAGCAGAAGCCAAAUACAGGAGCUCGGGUGGUACCUCCAGUUUGUUCAGUUCCAGCAGUCAGCUCUUUCCCCCACCACGAGCUCGUUACAGCCGCUCAGAUGUAAUGCCCUCGGGUCGCAGCCGUUUACUGGAGGACUUCCGGAAUAACCGCUUCCCCAAUCUGCAGCUCAGAGACCUGCCUGGACAUAUGGUGGAGUUCUCCCAAGACCAGCAUGGAUCCAGGUUCAUCCAGCAGAAGUUGGAGCGGGCCACCCCUGCAGAGAGACAGAUGGUGUUUGGGGAGAUCUUACAGGCUGCUUACCAGCUCAUGACGGACGUUUUUGGGAACUAUGUCAUCCAGAAGUUCUUUGAGUUCGGCAGUGUGGAUCAAAAACUGGCUCUGGCAACUCGUAUACGUGGCCAUGUGUUGCCACUGGCUUUGCAGAUGUACGGUUGUCGGGUGAUCCAGAAAGCUCUGGAGUCCAUCUCCUCUGACCAGCAGGUAAUUAGUGACAUUGUGCGGGAGUUGGAUGGUCAUGUGUUGAAGUGUGUGAAGGAUCAGAACGGGAAUCAUGUUGUGCAGAAGUGUAUCGAGUGUGUCCAGCCCCAGGCUCUUCAGUUCAUCAUUGAUGCUUUCCAAGGACAGGUGUUUGUCCUGUCCACUCACCCAUAUGGCUGCAGGGUGAUUCAGCGUAUUUUGGAGCACUGCACUCAGGAGCAGACCUUGCCCAUUCUGGAAGAACUUCACCAGCACUCCGAGCAGCUGGGACAGAAGUAUCAAGGCGUUUCAUUGGAGAUGACCCCCAAAACAUAUUAUACAGUGUCCAGCGAUGCACUGUUCAAGGAUCAGUAUGGUAACUAUGUGAUCCAGCAUGUUUUGGAGCAUGGGCGUCCAGAGGAUAAAAGCAAGAUUGUGGCGGAGGUCAGAGGGAAGGUUCUGGCGCUGAGUCAGCAUAAGUUUGCAAGUAAUGUUGUAGAGAAGUGUGUGAUUCAUUCUUCUCGUGCGGAGAGGGCCCUGCUUAUAGAUGAGGUGUGCUGUCAGAAGGACGGCCCUCACAGCGCCCUCUACACCAUGAUGAAGGACCAGUACGCUAAUUAUGUGGUGCAGAGAAUGAUUGACAUGGCUGAGCCUGCCCAGCGCAAGAUCAUCAUGCACAAGAUCCGACCCCAUAUCGCCACUCUCCGCAAAUACACGUAUGGAAAACACAUCCUGGCGAAGCUGGAGAAGUACUACAUGAAGAGCGGAUCAGACCUGGGUCCCAUCGGUGGUCCCACCAACGGCCUCAUGUAGGGGCCUCACACCCAUCCCUCGCCCCCUGUCCCUCAAAUCACGUCUGUUAUGGGCAUCUCUUCUCCAACGUGGAGUUCUUUCACACCCUUUAGGGGUUUUACCAAAAAAAGGAAAUGAAGUGGGCUUCACCUAAGAAUGCUGUGACAUCUGACAGUGCCCGUUUACUGUCCCUGAUGCAGUCGCCAUGGUUCCCCCCCAUCAGAGAGAGCAUGGUCUGUGAGCUGUUUCCUGGGUAAAGCACAGCAACCUUGUUUAUGAUGUAAUUGAUGUAACUGACUUUUUCUUUUCUAGUAAAUAUCUUGUACAUUUUUUUUUUACCUUGUAAAUUCUCUGUAGAAAAAGAAAUGUUUGCUGAAUUUUCAAUUCUUACAAUUUACACCAGCAAGUGACUUUAUAAGGCCAAACUGAGCAAUCCUUUUUAAUUCUUUCUCCUUUUUUGUUUUUAUAUCCAGACUUCUUAAUAGCACCAUUAGGAAGAGUGGUAUAUUUGAGGCCCGUUCUAGAACGAUAGUACACAUGCCAAAGCUGCUGAUGAAAUUAAUAAACCAGUCAGCUGGUCUCCAAGGAAUUUGUUCGUAGACAACCACUUUUGUCUGCCAUGCCAUUGAGUUAGGCGCUUUUAAGAUGGCCUUAACCAAUCACAGAUUUUCACUUCCUGGAGUUCUGCCAUUAAAUGGGGGUCCUAUCAUUCAGUGGUGUUUUGGCCCGGCCACACUUGCCGUCUCGCUUCUUUCUUUACCUCCCUCUUUUGUGCAACUCUUCGCAACCCGGCUUUGUUUUACUUACUGCUCUGUUUUGGUUUUUGUUUUAACAGACCCAACAUGUAGUAAAAAGGAUGCAUGUGGUUGCAAUAUACUAUAAACAACAUUGACCGCAUAACCUUAAUGUUUUGAAUGACGUCUAAAGACAAGGUCGCACUCGCCGUUUCAAUGCUUUAAAUGAGGAGCAACAGCAAUGAGAUGUUUCAUGGCAGGCCGUUGAAACCUGGAAUAAUCUUUCCAUUUUGGGGGUGGGGGGUGGGGGUGGGGUUUAUGAGGCGUGGAAUGGGGAGGGAGGUUUGGCAUGCUGUGUCUGGAUUUAAUGUUUAACGGAAUGAUUUUCGUUCGUCAUCAUGUUUGUUGAACAUCUGUUGAGUAGUUUUUUGAACACUGCCCUAGAAACCGUAUGGUUAUGUACUGAAUAUCAUCUCUUACAUUUGUAAUAGCUUAGGAAAAAUGUAUAGCAUCUUUAUGUACAAGUAAAUAUUAAAUUGUUGCUCUUUUUCGGGUGGGAUGAAGACGGCGCUUGUUUUUACACGGCGACCUACAGAGCAGAGAGGCGAGAUGGGUGGGCGAUGUCCCUGUUCUGCUGUCUGUGGUGCCAUCACGGGACUUUUAGCUUUGAAUAGGGGAGAACAGAAUUGAUUUUUAUAAACGCGAGAAAGGGGACAAAUACACAAAAUAAUGAGUUUUCAGAGAAUGGACGGGGCUGCCGUCUUCUGCAACACAACCUUUCUGUAUGGCUAGUAUAUUAAUGGCUUUUGUUCCUUUUGCUUCAUAUGAAUAAAUGUAGAAUACAUGUAGUAUAUAUAUGUGGAGUUAUUAAGUGUAAGUUUAUUAGUUGAAUAGAUAAAAAAAAUCUAGUUGUGAUGUUGGACAGGCCUUGCUAAAUUGCGUAGUGAUUGCUUUUAUUUUGUCUGUACAGUUGUACAUUUGUAAACGUUAACGCUGUAAAUGGAAUGUCUUUUACACUUUUUGGGGGGGGAGGGGGAAGAAAAAAAUUAGCAAAAAUGUGCAUUUUGAUGUGUGAAUAUUUCAUCACUCCUUUCCCCUCGAAUAUAAUGUAUACAGUUUUCUUUAAACAAGCGUUAUUUUAAGGAUAAAAAAAAAUCUUUUUAUGGCGUCACAAUCUCAAGAUGGUUUUGUUUUUAAUCCGUCCUUGGAAAAGGUCUGCCUCGCUAUGUACCUGGAGCAGUGACACCUUCUGUUGACAUUGUCAUUUUGACGUGUGGCAGUUGAAUAAGAUAAUUAAAAAUGAAUUAAUUAUAAAAAAUAAAAAAACAUUGUUCUGUCUUUGGUCCAAACUGCUACCAUGGAAAUUUCACAGGACACAACAAGAAUUAUUUUUGUAUAAAGGAGUGCUGUAUUUUGGAGCAGCCACUAACUUGUAAGCAAAAUAAUUGUAAGAUAUUGUCAAUUAUAUAAAUAUGAACAUAUGAGUUUUGUCACACUGUCAAAGUCAUGUACAUUUUCAGGUGGCCUUAUGUACAUUUCCAGAUGUUAGACGAGGAGAAAAUAACUCAUUUUUUUUGGAAGCAGAAUUGUGACUAUGUAUGAUUAAACUGUU